CACAAGUAAGCAGCCAGAGGAGGCGACUCAGUACAGUAACAAGCAGUAAAAGGUUAUUCCAUAGUGACUGGGCGGAGCGUCAGCAUGCAGAAUUUGGUGGUGCAGGCUCUUGCCAUGAGGCAGCUAGGGAGGCUGAACCCCCGCCACCUGCUGGCUGCUGGAUAUGCACUGAGGCACACAGAAUGGUGUCCUAGGACCAUCCAUACACGCCAGCUGUGGGGCUGCUCGGCAUUCCGUGCACAUGGCUUUCACAGGCUGGCUUUCCACAGCAGAGACCCUGUCAGGAGUUGGUCUGUUCAUCAUCUGAGGUUCAAAAGCAGCAAGAAGAAAGGUGCUGCUAGGAGAGCACAGGAGGAGGAGGAAGACGAGAAAGAGAAAGACCCAGAGGACAGUGAUUAUGAAGAUGAGCUGGAUGAGGACCCAAAUCAACCAAAGGACUAUAAAGAUGUGGAAAAACAUGUGCCAUCUUUCCGGUAUGAUAGCAUCAUGAAAGCUGGCCUGGACAUAUCCCGCAAUAAAAUUGAAGAUGCCUUCUACAACCACAAGCUCAGGCUAAAUGGGCAGAAACUCAUCAAGAAAAGUAAAGCGGUGAAAGUUGGGGACACCUUGGACAUAGUACUGUCGGAGAGCCAGGAAGGAAACACUGUUACCCUAAUGAGAGUCAUCAUCAGAGAGGUUUUGGGUGAAACCACUACAACAGAAAAGUACAAAGUUGUCCUAAGACGCUGGAAAUGUAUGCAGCUUUCCAAGGAUGAAGCCUUUAAGCCAUGAACUUGAACAGGACAGUACUGACUGUAAUACCAAGGCCCAGUGAGGACAACAGUGCCGAGAAAUGCUAUCAAACGACUGGCAAUUUGAGUGGUCUCCAACAAGUUGGAUCUAGAAUUGAUUAUGAUGGGAUAAUAUAAAGAUGAACAGUUCUCAGUAGCUGUAGACAAUAAGCAGUUGGUUGAGAGAAAGGUUUUGUAUGUUUACUUUUUCCCCACUAUACUGUGCAACUCCCCUAGUAAAUGUGCACUUUGAAGUUUGGAAAUUUGAAAAUUAUGUCAUGAUGAGUGUUCAUCUGACUCUGUAACUUAGGUAUGUUGUCCUUUUACUUCAUUUUCCCAUUUUUUUUUAAAUCAAAGUAAAAACAGAAAAUGGAAAGUAGAACCAAUGCUCAUGUUACAUAGCACAAAGGUUAUUCACGCACUGCUACACUGAAGUUGGGAAAUGUUCAGGAUUCAGGAAACAGGACACCUUUCCCUCCCUGGGUGUGUGGUAAAUAAACAUAU